AUGGGCAAGUGCAGCGGGCGCUGCACGCUCGUCGCCUUCUGCUGCCUGCAGCUGGUCGCUGCGCUGGAGCGGCAGAUCUUUGACUUCCUGGGCUAUCAAUGGGCUCCUAUCUUAGCCAACUUCCUGCACAUCAUGGCAGUCAUCCUGGGCAUCUUUGGCACCGUGCAGUACCGCUCCCGGUACCUCAUUCUGUAUGCAGCCUGGCUGGUGCUCUGGGUUGGCUGGAAUGCAUUUAUCAUCUGCUUCUACCUAGAGGUUGGACAGCUGUCCCAGGACCGGGACUUCAUCAUGACCUUCAACACAUCCCUGCACCGCUCCUGGUGGAUGGAGAAUGGGCCAGGCUGCCUGGUGACACCUGUCCUGAACUCCCGCUUGGCACUGGAAGACCACCAUGUCAUCUCUGUCACCGGCUGCCUGCUUGACUAUCCCUACAUCGAAGCACUCAGCAGUGCCCUGCAGAUCUUCCUGGCUCUGUUUGGCUUCGUGUUCGCCUGCUACGUGAGCAAAGUGUUCCUGGAGGAGGAGGACAGCUUUGACUUCAUCGGUGGCUUUGACUCCUACGGAUACCAGGCGCCCCAGAAGACGUCGCAUUUACAACUGCAGCCUCUGUACACGUCGGGGUAGCUUCUGUCUCGCGCCCAUCCAGUUGCCACGAGCUUGCUGGCUGGACUGAAGCCCUGGCGCGAGCUCGGGCCGAAAUAGCAGGCGCGCCCCCUGGCGGCUCGCGAACCGACUGCAGCCUGCUCCGGCUGGGUCUGCGGCGGACUUGGACUUGGCCCUUCCAGCCCGACU